AUGUGGGUCGUUAGGCGAGUUCUAUCGUCUGUUGCCCUUAGUCGUCAGUAUGGUGGUCACCCAGGCUUGUUCCGCCGCCCUCGGCUGGGCUCUCUUUCCGAGAUGGAGCUGCGCUACCUGCAGUGCACAUGCUGCUGGAGGAGCCGAAUCCCAGUGGCUGGAAUGGAGACCCUCAAUGCCACCAUCUCACCGCCCUGUGAAGAGGAUGACCACAACGUGGAUUCCGCCGCUCCUCUAGAUUCCAAUUACACCUCAGAGCAGCGCGAUGUCAUCUUGAGGCUGCUGAACAAUGCCUCGGUCACAGAGCUGGCAGGCGUCAAACUCCUCCGAGGGCGUAAAUCUGUCAACAUCGUGGAUUACCGAAGCAAACACGGACCCUUUAAGACACUGGAAAGUGUGGUAAACGUGCCACUCCUGAAACACAAAAGUGCCAUGGUUGUGUUUCAGUCCAUCCUCAACCCAGUGAAGGAGAAGAAGAAGGUGCGCAUCCAGCUUGCCAAGUUCAUUAGGCCUGAGGUGGACAAAUCCUGGCUUGAGGAUGCCAAUUCCAUCGUGUCACUAGUGUGUGGCACAAAUCGAAUAGCGUGGGCACACAUGGGCCGAGGGAUGACUAUAAUGGACUGGCAGCACCUAGACUGCCCAAACUUCCUAAAGGGCACAUACAUGGCAUCUGCCUAUUUAAAUGAUGUAUCCGCAGUGGUGUCUGCUCUACCUUUGGCGGACUUCUACAUCAUUGAGAAGCCGUCAAUUUCGGUGCAGAACACAGCUUUGUUCCCAAUUAUGGCGCACAUGAGGUCGGUGGAGGCCAUGCUGUUUUCGCUCCUGGAGCCCAGAAACAUCCCACAGGACUCCAACAUUCCUCCCAGAGUUCUCAACAUGAUGCGCACGGCCGUGGGACGUCACUUCGGGCUCAUGGUGGGCGAAUCCCGGACCAGUGGGGCACAGACGGUACGGCAGCUGAUGACAGAGUCCGUCACGCAAAAGAUGCCGCGGAUAAACUUCCCACCAGAGCUACUGGUGAAGUACAGGAACUGGUUCCAGAUGAGCAGCAGAAGAGGCGGAGGAGAGGAACUCUGCGACGCUCUGUUGCAGGCGGUUGCUUUUUACGAACUGCUCAGUGAAUCUUCUACCUAG